AUGUCCGCCUACUAUACACAGCCAUCGCCGCUGUACUUCACUACCGUCAGCGGUGGCACGAUUCCCAGCACCGCCGCAGAAGCACAUAUUUCCAACGUCAAAACCACUUCUUCAUCGAUUGUGAUUGUUAUUAUUGUCGUCGCCACCGCCAUUAUCGUUUCCGCUUCCAUUUACCUCCUCCUCCGCCUCUUCUCCCGCCGCUCCUCCCGAACCUACGCCGCCGCAGACGACGUAAUUUCUCAUCCCGCUGCUAUUUCAAAUCGUCUCUCCGGUCGAUUGUUCGAGUCAUUGCCGCUGUUCAGUUUUGGUUCUGUGACUGGCAGUUUGACUGGAAUUGACUGUGCAGUUUGUCUCUCCAAAUUCGAAUCGCACGAUCAGCUGCAUCUUCUUCCACUUUGCUGUCAUUCGUUCCACCGCGAGUGCAUUGACGCAUGGCUUCUAACAAAUCAGUCCUGUCCUCUUUGCCGCUCUACUGUGGCCCCCAACGACGCUGACGUACUGAACAAGGUAUUAACAGCAACAAAUUCUGAAAACCCUACCAUUGGCACUCCUAAUAGUAAUACCGGUAGUUUCCGACUCGAAAUCGGUAGCGUGAGUCAGAGACGGGUCGGGUCGGAUUCCGCGGGCCGGAGGUCCUAUUCGAUUGGCUCAUUUGAAUAUGUUGUUGAAGAAGGCCACGAGUUGUCCGUACACUACUAG